AUGCCGGUCAGGUCGAAUCAGAUGGAAUCGGCAUCAGCCUCUAAAAUCAGUAAUAACAUAUCAAGAAAGAAUGCUUCUAUAACGAGAAAUCAAGAACAUUCUGAUAUGCAUAAGAAUACUGCUAGAAAGAGGAGUAAAGCUUGUACAAACUGCCGGAAGUCUAAAGUCAAGUGUGUGAAACUAGACAGUGAUGCAGUUUGCAGAAGAUGCAGAGCACAUGGCUUGAGAUGUGUAUACGAGUUCAAAAUAGCUAGUUAUAAGGUUGUUGGUGAUGGUAGCGUGCAAAGUGGUUCGUCUGAUGUGUGGAACACUCCUCAGCAAAUUUCACCGCCGUUGUUAAAGUCAUCUUUUUCUGCCGAAAGCAAGCUUCCUCUCAGAAGUCUUCCUCUUCCGAGAGCAUCAUCUUCACUCGUAUCUAACUUGUCUCAACCAGCUGUGAAUAAUCUUAAUCCGGCCAUAAUUUCUGAUUUUCUCAACUCACCAACAAAAGAAGGUAUCAAAUCAAUUAAGAAGAAUGAUCCCAUCAAAGAGUGGCAGAAUUCUGUGAAUGGUCGACUUGAAGAAUUUGACUCAAAACUCGAAAAUAUUAUGAACCUUUUAACUGCAAGAAAGGAGGAUAUUCUUUCCUCUAAUUCAGGAAAUUUACGGGUUAAUAAACGGGAACGAGAGGAUACUUUAAAUUUAGGUAUGAUCUCAAAGAGGUCAAAGAUUCAAGCUCACACGUCUAGAAGUGAACAGUCAGCUAGUUCUUUCAGCUCAGAAAAUACUAUUAGCACAGUUGAAUCUGACAAAUUAUUGGAUGACAUCAUUACCAAGGACCAAGCUAGAGACCUUUUAGACUAUUUCAAUGCUAAUAUAUCAACACAACUUUUUGGAUUUAAUAUCAAAGAUUACACCGUUGACAGUGUAUGGAGCACAUGCCCUUUGCUUAUGGCAACUAUUUGUUGUAUUUCUUCAAUUCAUCAUCCCCUAUAUGCCCAUUUAUUUACGGAUCUAGAAUCUUUGGUUCGCAGACUGAGUCAGAAUGUUCUCUUUAAGAUGCCAAAAGAUGAGAUGGAUGCAUUUAAUACUGUUAUGGCACUUUGCUUCUGCGGAUUUUGGUUUCAAGAUCAUCAAAUGUUUACUGGCUUAGCAAUUCAACUCGCAAAAAGUAUGAGGUUGGUAUCACCGCAAUGUGAGGAAUCUAAGAUAUCUGGCUCUGAUAGGGUAAAGCUUUGGUAUUUGCUUUAUAUCUUAGAUGGGGAGCAAUCUAUGGUUUUUAAUCGCCAAUCUAUUGUGAGUGAUAAUUAUGAAUUCCUAAAUAAUGGCAAAAAAUUACUUCUUAGGUUGUACAAAGAAAAUGAAAAAAGAAAUGAACAUAAUAGGAAUAAGAAGGUGAAUGACUCUGGGGGAAAAAUACCUUCUUUUUCGACGGAUUACUCUGAUCUGCGUCUUAUAUCUCAAGUCGAAUACCAUCAAGCCAUUGACAGUGUUUUUGGAGGUAAUGCCUGGGGUUUGUUAACACCAACAAGAUUUGGACUUCCAUUCCAUACAAAUUUAGAAUUAGAUAGAUGGAUGGUACAGUGGACUGUUUUAUUAUCACCUAUGAAAGACUGUUCAACAUGGUCAUCAAAAUCAACCCUUAUUUACUACAAUUUUGCUAAGAUGCAUAUAAACUCUACAAUUGUGAGACGACUACAAAUUGUUGAUUCGCAGUUACCAGAUUUGAAUCAAUGUAAUGUUAAUGAAGCUUAUGAAUCAUCGGAUGACGCUUCUAAAGAAUUUGCUGGAAAAAAAGGGGAAAAGGUUACUUUAAACUCCAAUGGAAACAGAAUUGGUGAUACCGAUGAUAGUAGUGAUGAUGAAAGUUUGGAAGAGGUGGCUCGAAGAACUGACACUACUUACAAUGGUAUUGUUUAUACUGGAGGAAGUAGGGCAGAAAGCAAAAAAUUUUCUGGAGAUUUAGCGUUAUCAGCAGCGGAAACUGUUUUGAAGUUUGUUUUGGGAGAUGCUGAAAUAGUAUCUUCAUUGAAAUAUGCUCCUCUACAUAUUCAUAUUAUGUUAUACUAUGCAGCCCUACUUAUUUUACGUCCUCCUGCAUAUAUGGCCAAAUUUCAAGAUAGUAACUUUGAGCAAACAUUAGAGUCUCUUAGGCUUGUUAAGAAUCUUCGAUUAGCUGUGAUUAACAAUUUACCAACGGAUCGUGAGUUUGCAAGGCGUUUGGUGGACUCUUUGUCAAACAUUUUGAAGGAAAAGUAUUUAUCGGUUAGAAGACAAAUAGAAAAGUUUACGGGCAUGAGUGACAGAUUGGAUCGGUUGGAAAACGUUUUUGUUAGCAAUGAUAAUCCCACAACCAGGAAGAAGCAUAUUAAAGUUAUUGCAUGGCCCGGUUAUGAUUCGGGCCAUCCUGAUCUGGAAAUGACAAAAUAA